ACUUAGGGUUCGGGAAUGGCGGCCGGUGCGGGAGGCGCGGACGGCGAGGAGCUCCGGCUGCUCUCCGCCGCAGAGGCCGGCGACGUCGGCGCGGGCGCGCCCGCGGCGGAGAAGUCCUGGCGCCUCAACUUCGACGGCCUCCGCCCGCCGGAGGCGCGCCAGGAGCGGCCGCCCCGCGGGCUCCAACACCACUGCCUCGGCGUCCUAGGUCAAGGCCCUGAGGACGUCGUCGCUGAAUACUACCAACAGCAAGUGGAAAUGCUAGAGGGUUUUAAUGAAAUGGAUGCGCUAACAGAUCGUGGUUUUCUUCCUGGAAUGUCCAAGGAAGAGCGUGAACAGAUUGCCAGGAGUGAAACAUUAGCCAUCCGGCUAUCUAACAUCGCGAACAUGGUUCUUUUUGCUGCAAAAGUGUAUGCUUCAGUUAGGAGUGGCUCGCUUGCGAUUAUAGCUUCCACUUUGGAUUCUCUUCUGGACUUGUUGUCAGGAUUUAUCUUGUGGUUUACUGCCUUUUCUAUGCAAACACCAAAUCCCUACAGAUACCCAAUUGGUAAAAAGCGUAUGCAGCCCCUGGGAAUACUUGUCUUUGCCUCUGUUAUGGCAACUCUUGGUCUUCAAAUCAUCUUAGAAUCGACACGCUCACUGAUAUCUGAUGGAGGUGAAUUCAGCUUGACAAAUGAGCAGGAAAAGUGGGUUGUAGACAUUAUGCUCUCAGUAACGCUGGUGAAACUUGCUCUAGCUUUAUAUUGCCGCACAUUCACCAAUGAAAUUGUCAAGGCUUAUGCGCAGGAUCACAUGUUUGAUGUUAUGACAAAUAUAAUUGGCCUUGUAGCUGCAUUGCUCGCAAAUUACUUUGAAGGAUGGAUUGACCCAGUCGGUGCAAUUAUUCUAGCGAUCUAUACAAUCAGGACCUGGUCGAUGACGGUGCUAGAAAAUGUCCACUCCCUGGUUGGCCAAUCGGCUUCACCAGAAUACCUUCAGAAGCUGACAUAUCUAUGCUGGAACCACCACAAGGCCGUUAGGCACAUCGAUACCGUGCGCGCCUACACCUUCGGCUCCCACUACUUUGUGGAGGUGGACAUCGUGCUGCCCUCGGCCAUGCCGCUGCGUGAGGCACACGACAUCGGCGAGGCCCUGCAGGAGAAGCUGGAGCGCCUGCCGGAGAUCGAGCGUGCGUUCGUCCACCUCGACUACGAGUUCACUCAUAGGCCUGAGCACGCACUGUCCCAUGACAAAUAGCUCAGGCGCCAGGUGAAGUUGUGUACAGAUGUGUGGCGGAACUAUUUAUGUUUGGCCAUGACAGCUCCGGAAAUCCGGUGCUCUUCAGCCAUCGGCAUCAGUGAAGCACGCGAUUGAAAUGUGCAUUUCUUGGGUGCUAGUUUUGAAUUGUCUUGGGACGUACAGUAUAUCUGAAAAUCCUAUACCUACAUCACUGCAUCUUUUA